UCUCGAAUAGAGCAAUUUCGUAUCAUCCUCUCCCUUUCUUCCUAGUUCCCCCCUUUCCCUUAUACCUCCUAUAUCUAUUUUUCGGCCAACUCCUUGACUCUACAUAUCCAAUCUCGAAUAUGAAGGCUGCUCAGCUUGCCAUUGUUGCCACUAUUGUUUUCGCUGCGCUGGCUGCCGCUCAGGACGACAAGCCCAAGAGCCACGAUACCGACAAGAAGGGCGACAAGAAAGCACAUGAUUCGGACAAGAAGAGCGAGGGCAAGUCCCCGUCCAAGUCCAGCAAGAAGGACGACGCCAAGGAGACCAAGGUCGCUGCCCCUGAUGCCAGCGGUGCCUCGAGCCAGGCCGUCUUCUCGGCCGCACUUGCUGGUGCCGCCGCAGUCAUUGGCGCAUACCUCUAGAGAUCUAAUACUAGCAUGAAUUUUGGAUACUUUUACCAAGAACAACGGGUCUCGAUCAUUGCCAGUAUUGGAAGACCGUGUGACAAAGUGCAGUCUGAAUGAUUUCCACUUUUGCUUUGCCCACGCACAAAUUUUUGUUUAUUUUUAC